AUGUCCCCCUCGAGGAGCCCUGCGCCCGACGCCGACACGGUCAUGUCAGAGACGAGGGCACCCGAAUCGAAUCAACUUAAGCGCAAAUCAUUUGGUGCCUCGCCCGACGCCGACGCCGACGAUGUUGAAGACACACCGAACAAGCGCCAGAGGACCAAUGACGCCCCCGGCAGAAGCCCCGAGCGUCAUGGAAACGGGGAAAAUGGGAACGGACACGGGGACCGACGCCGAUCUUCGGCCAGAGACGCAUACCCGAAAGACGAGAGCCGGUCCCCAGACGCCCGCAGGCAGCGCCAGGCCUCGCCCCCAGAGCAGCGACGGCGGCCCUCAGAACCGGCGAGACACGACGACCGCUCCCCGAUAAGCCCGACCUUCGACCGGCGCGGCUCGGAGACCGGCCGGCGCAUGUCCUCCUCGCACGGGGCAGAGAGGGAACGGGAGAGGAGGGAGAGCUACUCGCAGGAGGAGAAGAAGCGCGGGAGGCGGCUGUUCGGCGGUUUGCUAAGCACACUGAGUCAAACCACGGCAAACACUCAGCAAAAGAGGCGUCUGGAGAUUGAGAAGAAGCAGCAGGAAAAGGCCGUCAAGCAAAAGUCCGAGGACGACAGGCGCCGGGCGGACAGGCUCGCGAGGCUCGACAAGGUCAGGAGGGUCGAGCAGGUCCGGUUCGAUGAGCAGGUGAUGCGCACCCGGCACUCAAACAUGCUUGCAAUGGCGCACAGCCUGCGGACAAGAAGCGAGCCCAAGCUGUACUAUCGCCCCUGGGAUCUCACGCAAGAGCAAGAAGACAUCAUCAAAGACCAGAUCCGCGACACCGAGGAAGAGAUCGCGGACGACGUGCGGCAGUUCAGGCGCGACAAGGAGCAGAGGCUCAGCGAGCUGGGCGCCCUGGGCCCGCGGGCACCAUCAGAAGCUGACAACGCGGUUGGUGAGCAAGCCGAAGAACGUUCCAACACCGCCGCGCAGGAUGUGCCCGCCAACGAUGCUGCCGCUGCUACUAAUCACGACCGGCACCAACGUCCACGCUCCAUUUCCCCUGCCCCUGCACCGAGGGGUAGCCACCACGAGGACAAGGACCACGACGAAAUGGUCGAGGCGGAGGAGGAUACUGUCAUCUACUAA